GAGCCUCUUUUAGAAACCCCGACUGCGCUCUUAUAAGCGGACUCGACUGUAAUAGAAAUCAAAAUGGAAGGUGAAUAAAUGAUAAAAACAACGUUUUAAUGAAAUUCAUUUUUUCACUAAUCCAUGAGGGGGACCCCAGCUAAAAAUAUGACCAAAAAAAAAAAGUCGAAAGAAAAAUUUGGAAUACAUAUCAUUCGACUCAGAUUUUUGAGCCGAUUACGAAUAUGGCAUAUUUUUGGGUACAAAGUCGGACUAUUCUAAGCGAAAACCGUCGACAAUAGAUCAAAAACGCUAAAAAUCAUGGGGGUGAAACCAGUAGCCUUAAGAAUUAUCCUAUGGGCCCACGUUUUUAAAUCCUGAAAAAUAGCUGGUUUUAUAGUGUUUUUAAAUCUCUAUCGAACAGAAAGUGAACAAAGUUUGGUGGCAGUUUCAUUGAUGCAAUAAUCGAGUGACAAAUGUUAUAUGCAUGCAUAAUAUAAGGUCAAAAUUCUCUAAGGUAAGAUAUGCAUCCAAUCUCUUAAAACCAAAAAGGUUGUUUCAAAUGAGCGGUUCUAUUAUCAAAUUGUAGCCUAGACAACGGCUUAUCAGAAUAACUUGUAAACAGAAUCCAACUCAAUUCGUUUUGUUUCAAACGAUCGCUCACACUGUUGACCAGGAUUACUGGUGAAACGCCCAUUUCGCAUGUACUAAAGCUAGAUUCGGUUUACACUUAUAACUCAUUCAAAACAUCUCAGAUUUGGCAUCAAAAUGAUCGUGAGUUCAUGCUCUUUCAUUCUAUAUAUGAUUUAAUUAGGUUUGGACGUAAUAAUCAAAGGGGCCAAAAUGCGGUCUUAUGCGCCCCCGUCCUUUAAAUCGUCGUCAUUUGGGUGAUUAUUUUGAUGAACGUAUUCAACAACGACAUCAAAGUUUUGUUGUUACUGCUGAUAAUCGUUAUAUAAUAUCAACUGGUUAUUGGGAUAAAAGUUUUCGUGUACAAAGUACUGAUAUAGCGAAAAUUUCACAAGUACUCUAUGGUCAUUUUGAUAUUGUUACAUGUGUAUGUCGUUCAGAAGUAACUAUUGCUGGAAAUUGUUUUCUUGCAACUGGUUCACGUGAUUGUACAGUUUGUAUUUGGAUAUGGAAUGGUACAAAAGGUGCAAUAGUUGAUCGUGAAUAUCCAAAUCAAGAAAUCAAUCCAUCACCAGCAGCAAUUUUAACUGGUCAUGAUAGAGAAAUCACAUGUUUAUGGAUAUCAGCUGAACUUGGUAUUGUUUUAAGUGGUAGUGAACAAAGUCUUGUACUUCAACAUACACUUAAUGGUGAUAUAUUACGUUCAUUUGAAAAUCCAUCAAAAAUAUCUACACCACGUCUAUUAUCACCAUCAAAUGAUGGUGAUAUUAUUGUUUUUUAUGAUCGUUCAAAAUUAUGUUUAUAUACAUUAAAUGGAAAAUUAAUGAGACAAGCAAUAUUUGAAGAUGAAACUAUUCAAUGUAUGGUUUUAAAUAUUGAUAGUCAAUAUACAGUUAUUGGUGGUGAUCGAGGUUUUGUAGAAAUCAUUCGAACACAUGAUUUAGAACCUGUUUAUGCUUAUCCACAAUGUGAUGCUAGUAUUCGUUCAUUAGCAAUAACUCAUGAUCAAAAGUAA